AUGCAUCAAUAUGUUCCUCGAAGACUGUGCACCGGAAGAACAAAGUUCCAAGUCAACAUCGCACAAGACCAAGGAUUAAGACUAGACGCCAAAAUUUUUUUUGCAGCGCUUGAUGCCUGGGAAUGCAGAUAUUUCAUUUAUUACUUGCUACACUCCUCCGUUGAUACAAAGCACCUUUAUCCAAGGGCAAAAAUAACCCUAGAAUUUGGCAGCUAUACUCAUAAUAGGAGCCUUGGAGGCUUAACAUCAGAUGAUUUUGUGAUCAUGUAUCAAUUCAAGCCCAUGCAUACUGAAUACUGGGAUCAAGACAUGAAAGCCCGGCGCGAUGUUUUCCUCCGCGCAAAAACUAAUAUCUCGAAUCUUCAUGCACCUAUCGAGAUCUUGAGGAUAGUUAGGGGCCUAGACGAAAAAGGUAACCAUGUUGAAGAAACGAAUUGUCGCGGAAUUGGAAACGGUGGUUGA